CCUUGGCCAUCUGAAUGGUGCAAGAAUCAGAGGCCGACCCAUGCUUUAUUCAUUGUUGAUCUUUUUCUCUGGUGAGCUCGGAGCAGAUUCCAUUUCCGGUAAACCGGUUUUGUCCCGCCAAUGAUAUACACGAAGAGAGCUUCGCUUCUGGGCUCUACCUGUAAGCUACGCUAUUCUUUUUGUGUUUCGUAUGAUUCCCUGAAAUGUAUCGAUCCUGUGUUGAGAAGUCUGAGCACAGCUGCGGAGAGAUUGGGUUUCGUUAACCCUAGUAAUGGAAGUCCGACGGGUACAUCUUCAGAUUACACUGGCUAUACAAAUGGAGAUCAGUGCCUUGGUGGGUUUCAACAGAAUUCAUAUGGGCACAGCAAAAACCCAGAGCAUCGCACUGUUUCUGGGCAGAAGAAUCCGACUGGGUUUUAUAAAAGCUGUUCGAGCGGAUACAAUCAGGAUCAAAGUGGGAAUUGGCAAAGUAGUGGUGAUUCUUCUUCAUAUGGUAAUGGCAAUGGAAUUCCACAGGAGAGCUGGAAUGCACCGAGCCAGAGCUGGGAUUCUCACAAUGGUGGACAUAGCCAGACACGGAAGAGUCCUGAUGAGUUGCAAAUCCAGUCUCAUAACCAGGAAAGUGCACAUUUUCAGCAAGCUAAUACUGGUCAUAGCUCAUUGGACGAAUUGGAUGCGAUUUGCAGACAAGGGAAAGUGAAAACAGCAGUCGAUAUCAUUAAGUCAUGGAGAAGUGAUGGUUAUAUUGUGGAUUUUCCCAGGCUUUUGUGGCUAGCACAGCUAUGUGGGGAUGCACAAGCUUUACAAGAGGCCAAAGUUGUUCACGAGUUUAUUACUACUUCUUCGUUUUCCCUUUUGGAUAUCAGCGCUUACAACUCGAUAAUAGAAAUGUACUCAGGUUGCGAGUCUGUGGAAGAUGCAUUAGCUGUUUUCAACAGUAUGCCUCGGAAAAAUACGGAGACUUGGUGCGCUAUUAUGAGGUGUUUUGCAAAGAAUGGACAAGGAGAAGACGCCAUUGAUAUGUUUUCUCGUUUUAAAGAAGAAGGAAACAGACCCGAUGGCGAAAUAUUCAAAGAGAUCUUCUUUGCGUGUGGUGUUCUUGGUGACAUUGACGAGGGACUAUUGCACUUUGAGUCGAUGAACAAAGACUACGGGAUUAUCCCUUCCAUGGAACAUUACGUGAGCCUCGUUAAAAUGCUUGCGGAACCUGGUUAUUUAGAUGAAGCCUUGGGAUUUGUCGAAUCGAUGGAACCAAAUGUUGAUUUGUGGGAAACGUUGAUGAACCUUUCACGGGUUCACGGGGAUUUAGAGCUCGGUGACCGGUGUCAAGAUAUGGUCGAGCAGCUUGAUGCAAGUAGACUGAAGAAAGAAUCAAAGGCGGGUCUUUUACCGGUUAAAUCAUCAGACAUAGCAAAAGAGAAGUUACAGAAAAUGGCGAGAGGGGGAAAGUCAAGGCUUGGACGUAUGUCGGCUGGAGAUGCAUCUCUUCCAGAGAACAGAGAAUUCUAUAUGGCAUUGAAAGGUUUGAAGGAGCAUAUGGUGGAAAUUGGUUAUGUGCCUGAGUCUAAACUUGCAUUGCACGAUGUGGACCAAGAGAGUAAAGAUGAAAACCUUCUCAACCACAGCGAGAAACUUGCUUGCAUCUCGUCGUUUCUCGAAACUCCUGCUCGUUCUGAUGUACGAGUGCUGAAAAAUUUACGUGUCUGCGUUGAUUGCCAUAACGCAAUGAAGCUGAUGUCGAAGAUAGUUGGGAGAAAGUUGAUUUCUCGAGAUCCAAAGAGAUUUCACCAUAUGAAAGAUGGUGUUUGCUCUUGUGGUGAGUAUUGGUGAUAAUAUUACUACGGUUUUGCUUUCUGCUUUGUCUGGUUUCCACACGGAGAGCCGGAAAAAUGAUUUUAAAACAUGUUUUGGGGUUACCAUUCGAGAACUUUUAAAAUUGUUAACUUUGUUAUACAUUCCGACCAAACAGAGAGGAGAAUAAGAUUAAACAUGUUUGGGCUUAAUGGCUUAC